AUGCAUGAAGUUUUUAAUAAUCAUGAUCAAGAUAUUGAAUUAAUAAAACAAACAGAUAAAAUAACUGAAAUUAAUCAAACCACAGAAAAACUUUUUGUCAACGAACAUUCAUCAUCACAAGAAAAUAUUAAUGAACAUUAUAAAGAAUUAAAAAUAAAUAUUCAAAAUAAAAAUAUGAUCGAAAAUUCUACUCAACAAAAUCCAAUAGAACCUCAAUUAAAUGAAGAUUCACGAUCAAAUCGUUCAUCAGAAACAAGUCAAAUUGUUGCUCAUACAGCAUCUAUUAAUUUAAGAAAUCUUCUUUCUUAUCAAGAUGUUAUGAAUACAAUUAAACGUGAUUAUCAUUUACAUGAAGGACAAGAACGUGAAAUUAUUAUGAAAUUAUGGUUAAAAGGACAAACAAUGAUUUCAAUUUUACAACGUUUUAGAUAUUUAUUACAAGAUCUUAAUCUAGAUGAUAAAGAUUUUUCAGCAGGAUUAAAGCAAAUACGUGAAAUAAUAAAUUAUGCUAAUCGUGAUGUACAUUAUCUUCGUGAAAAAACUAUUAUGCUUGAAAAUCAAAAUCAUUUUCUUGAUAAUGAAUUUCGACGACAAUUAGAUAGAAUUGUUGAAGAAAAAAAUGAACAAAUAAAUCGACUUAUUCAUAUUAUUGAUCAAACAUGUACACAAACAAAUCAAAUAAAAAAUUCUAUUAAUAAUGAAAAAAAUUAUUCGUCAGGAGGUGAAGAAUUAUCAAAAAAAUUUAUGGAACGAAAUAUUGAAUUACAACAUGAAAUUGAAACAUUUCGUUCUAAACUUGACAAUAUAGUUACAUUUAUUAAUCAAAAACUUGAUCAACAAAAAACAAUAUCAACAACAACAACAUCAUCAUCAUUCAUAUCUAUACUUCAAACAGCUUUUGAAAAUAUGCAACAAACAGAAAUGAAAUUACUUGAACUUAGAUUAAAAUCAGUAUCACAACAAGAAGAAAACGAUCUUUUAAAAUAUUUAAUGGAAAAAUCACAGAAUAUAUCAAAUAUUGAACAAAUACAAUUAUUUGCUAUUAUUGAACAACGUUCACUUGAACGUGAAAUAGAUCUUGUUCGUCAAGAACUUGAAAUUACAGAAAAAAAAACUAUUCAACUUGAACAAACAUUUGAAAAUUCCGAUGAAACAAUUAAAUUUCAUAUGGAAAAUCUUAAAUUAAAAUGUGAUAUUUUACGUAAACAUAUUAUAACAUGUAGUCAACGAUUAGAUGAAAUUAAUCAACAAAAUCUUAUUAAAUUAUCGAAUGAAAAUCAAAUACUAAAAAAUAGAAAUCAACAAGAAGAAUCAAGUAUUGAAAAAAAAAAUCUUGAACUUGAACAUGAAUUAUUACAUCUACGUGAACGUUAUAAUGAAUUAGUUGAACAUGCAAAUACACUUCAAUCUCAAUUACAUGAAAAAGAAAAACUUGAAACAAAUUUAAAUAUUAAUUUGGAACAAGAACGUCAACGUGCUGAUCAAAUUGAAAAUGAAUUUAAAAUUUUAAAAAUCAAAUAUGAAGAUGUAUGUGAACGUAUUCAUGCAGCUACACAUCAAUUAGAACAUCUACAAAUUGCACUUGAACAAACAUCACGUCGUUGUGAACAAUUAGAAAAAGAAAAGCUACGGAAAAAAUUGUCAGAAAUUAAUGCUCAAUCAGAACAUCUUUCACAAAAUGUUGUUAAUGUAACAGCAAAAUAUAAAGAUAAAUUGAAUACAAUUAAAGCUCGUUUAGAACAAACAGAACGUGAAAGAUAUGAAGUACAAUGUCGUAAUGAACAAUUUCAAAAUGAUAUUGAACAUCUUAAAAAUGAAUUAAUACAUAAAAAAGAACUUAUUUUUGAAAAAGAAAAAAUUAUUCAAGAUACACAACAUAAAAAUCGAGAAGUUCUUCUUCAAAGACAAUCAAUUGAAGAACGAAUAUCAAAUGAAUAUAAAAGAUUAAAUGAUAUUGUUAACAAAAAUUGCCAUUUGGAAGAAGAAUUAGAUCGUAUUCGACGAAAUCAACUAUCCGAAAAUAUUAUUACUCGACAAAUGGAAGUUGUUAAUGAUUCAUCAAAACAGAUUGAAGAAUUAAAAUUAAAAAUAGAUGAAUUUGAACAACGUUUGAUAGAAGAAAAAACUUCGAAAGAAUCAUUACAAGUUCAAAUAAAAAUACUCGAAGAAGAAAAUACAGAUCUUCGAGAUAUUAUGAAUCAAAUGAGAAAACGAGCACAAUAUGGUCGAAAAGAAGAAAAAGAUCGUAAUAAUGAAAUUCAACAAUUAAUUGCACGUGCAGAAUUUAAUGCUCGUCAAUAUAUGACAGCUCUUAAUUUAACAAAUUUGACAUCACAAACUGCAUUUGUGAAGAUAAUGCCAUUAUCUUCAACAACAAAACUUUCAUCAUAA